AUGGCGCCGAUCAAGCGCAAGGGGAAUGCCCCCGAAGAAACGGCUACUCGUCAGCCGCAAAAGCGCGCGAAGGUUGGAGCAGAGGACCGCAAAACUGACUCCAAGCCCAAGGAUACCGCUCCUAAAGCUUCGGAGCUCUCUGUUCUCCGUGACGAUGAGCCGUCUUUCCCCCGUGGUGGCGGCAGCGUUUUGACUCCUUUGGAGCGCAAGCAAAUUCAGAUCCAGGCCAACAAGGAUGUUCUGUUUGAGCAGAAAGGUGCUAAGAAGCCCGUUCGCGAAUUUGCCGACGAUAACGACGACGACGAAGAUGAUGAAGAUGUGGAGAUGGAGGAUGCGGACACAGGUGCUACUGCCAAAAAGUCUCGAAAGAAGAAGUCAAAAGGCAAGAAGUCUACCGAUAAGGAAUCUUCUGAGAAGGAAGGUGUGCGAAUUGAGGGCCUCAGCUACAAGCGUAUUGUACCGGGAUCCAUGAUUCUCGGACAGGUUUCCAGCAUCACUGCCCACGACGUUGCUAUCUCUCUACCUAACAAUCUUGUUGGCUACGUUCCUCUCACUUCCGUUUCGAAGGUCCUGGACGACAAGAUCGAGAAACUUCUGAAUGAACAAGGAGAUGAUGACGACGAGGAGGACGACUCUGACGAUGAGAUUUUCGACCUUAAGGAGCAUUUCUAUAUCGGCCAGUAUCUCCGAACAUACGUUGUUUCCACCGGUACCGAAGCCACCGAAGCUGGAGGUCGUAGCAAGAAGCGCAUUGAGCUGUCCAUCGACCCCAGACAAGCCAAUACCGGACUCUCAAAAUCCGAUUUGGUCAUGGACUCGGCUGUCCAGGCUGCGGUUGUCAGUGUGGAGGACCAUGGUGUGGUUAUGGAUCUUGGCAUCGAAGGAUCCGAUCUGAAGGGUUUCAUGUCGUCCAAGGAAGUCGACCCUCGUGUGGAGUAUUCCAGCAUCAAGGAAGGCUCAGUCUUCCUCUGCAUGGUCACCGGUCAUAAUGCCAGCGGCAAUGUGGUCAAGCUCUCCUCCAAACUUCAGUCUUCCGCCUCGAUCAAGCACUCGCACUUCCUCAGCGCCGCGCCAACCAUCAACUCCUUCCUUCCCGGUGUUGCCGCUGAGAUUCUCUUGACCGAAGUCACCCCGAAUGGCAUGGCCGGAAAGAUCAUGGGAAUGCUCGACACUGUUGUUGAUGUGGUUCAGUCUGGUGCUGACGACGGCAAACUGGACCUGGAGCGCAAGUGGAAGAUGGGAGCCAAGAUCAAGGGCCGUAUUGUCUCCACCUUCCCCAACUCUGAGCCUUUCAAGAUUGGUUUCUCGAUGCUGGACCACGUUCUCAAGCUUUCCUCUGAUAGCCGUGGCCCUGGCUCAUCUGAUGAGGCACCUGCUGUCUCCGCGAUCGUCCCCGAGGUCACAGUUGUCAAGAUGGACUCCAGCGGCAUGGGUCUGUAUGUCCAGAUUGGCGAGACCAAGCACAUUGGAUUCGUGCACAUCUCCAGACUUUCAGAUGGCAAGGUUGAGUCCAUCUCACCCGAGUCGGGUGCUUUUAAGAUCGGAUCUACUCACGAAGCCCGUGUUGUGGGAUACAAUAUGAUCGAUAACCUUUACCUUCUCUCCUUCGAGCAGUCGGUCAUUGAGCAGCCAUUCUUGCGCCUUGAGGAUGUCAAUGUUGGAGCUAUUGUUAAGGGAAAGGUCGAGAAGCUGUUGAUCGGUGCCACUGGAAUGGACGGUCUCAUUGUUAGCCUGGCAGACGGUAUCACUGGACUGGUCCCUUCGAUGCACUUUGCAGACACUCAACUCCAGUUCCCCGAGAAGAAGUUCCGUGUGGGUCAGAAGAUUUCCGCCAGAAUUCUUUCUGUGAACCUCGAUAAGCGUCAGAUUCGUUUGACCCUGAAGAAGAGUCUGUUGAACAGCGAAUCCGCUAUUUGGAAUGACUACAAGGACAUCGUGGCUGGUGCCCAGUCUCCCGGUACUAUUGUCAACCUUCAGCCUCACGGUGCUGUUGUUCAGUUCUACGGCACCAUCCGCGGCUUCCUCCCUGUUUCCGAGAUGAGCUCGGCUUAUAUCAAGGAUCCCGCCGAGCACUUCCGCCUGGGCCAGGUUGUCAACGUGCACGCCCUGAGCGUGGAUGCCCCCCAGGGCCGACUUGCCGUCUCUUGCAAGGACCCGUCGACCUUUACUGAGAAGUACGGCCAGGCUUUCGAGGAUAUUCAACCCGGCUUGCUUGUCUCUGCAUCUGUCUUUGAGAAGUCUGGUGAUGACCUGCUCCUCAAGCUCGAGGAUUCCGACCUGGUCGCCCGUCUCGAUAUUUCGCACAUUAUCGAUGGUUCCCCCUCAAAGCAGAGCUCGACUCUGUCUAAGAUUCGUGUUGGCCAGAAGCUGAAUGAGCUUUUGGUUCUGGACACCCAGCGCGCUCAUCGCCUUAUCCGCGUUUCCAGCCGAGCCAGUCUGAAGAAGGCCGCUAAGCAGGGACACAUGCCCAGCAAGUUCGAGGAUGUCCAGGAGGGUGCCAAGGUGACUGGCUUCGUUCGCAACAUUACCCCCGCGGGAAUUUUCGUCGAAUUCCUAGGUGGCUUGACUGGUCUCGUUCCCAAGCGUCUUAUCGAUGAUGCCAACCUUGAUCAGUCCCAGUUCGGAGUCUCGAAGGGAUCAAACAUUACCGUCCGUGUUCACGAGGUUGACACUGACUUCAAGCGUUUCAUUCUGAGCCAGAAGGCUGCCGAGACUACCAGUGCUACUUCUAAGAAGACCAAAGAGCCUGUUCAGACUAACGAUACCCUUGCCAACCCCGUGGAUGAAGACCUCAAGACCAUGUCCGACCUCGCCUUUGGCCGGGUCGUCCAGUGCAAGGUCGUUUCCGUCAAGGCUACUCAAGUCAAUGUGCAGCUGGCAGACAACAUCCAGGGCCGUAUCGACGUCUCCGAGAUCUUCGACAAGUGGGAAGACCUCAAGGACCGCAAGCAGCCCCUCCGAUUCUUCAAGGCCAAGCAGGUUCUUUCCGCCAGAAUUCUCGGUGUCCAUGACGCCCGUAACCACAAGUUCCUGCCCAUCUCCCACCGUAGCGGCAAGUACCCCGUCUUCGAACUUUCCCUCAAGCCCAGCUUCAUCAAGGCUGCUCAACCCGAGCCUCUCAACAUGGAUCAGGUCAAGGUUGGCACUUCGUGGAUGGGCUUUGUCAACAACGUUGCCGACGACUGCCUCUGGAUCAACCUCUCCCCCAACGUCCGCGGCAGACUGCGCUUCAUGGAUGCGUCCGAUGAUCUGUCUCUCCUGACCGACGUUGAGAAGAACUUCCCUAUUGGUUCCGCGCUCAAGGUCCAGGUCACUGCUGUCAACGUUGAGAAGGGUCACCUGGAUCUCUCCGCUAAGCAGGGCUUCGACAAGCUCUCCUUCGGAGAUGUCUCAGUUGGCAUGAUCCUGCCUGGCCGCGUGACCAAGAUCACUGAGAAGCAGAUCAUCAUGCAGCUUGGCGAGGCUCUCGUCGGUGCUGUCAACUUGAUCGACAUGGCCGAUGAUUACUCCAAGGCCAACCCGACUGUCUACCACAAGAACGAGGUCCUGCGUGCGUACGUCAUUGCUGUCGACCCAGCCAACAAGAAGAUCUCCUUGUCACUCCGUCCCUCCAAGGUUCUGAGCUCAUCCCUCCUCGUGCAGGAUCGUGAGAUCGCCUCCAUCAAGGAGAUCAAGCCCAAUGAUGUGAUCCGCGGAUUCAUCAAGCGCAUUACUGACGCUGGUCUCUUCGUCGCCGUUGGUCACGAUGUUACUGCCUACGUUCGUGUCUCUGACCUGUCCGACUCUUACCUCAAGGAGUGGAAGGACUCUUUCCAGGCCGAUCAACUGGUCAAGGGUCGCGUCACCCUGGUUGAUGCGGAGCAGAACAAGCUACAGAUGAGCUUGAAGGACUCUGUUCUCGACCCCAACUUCAAGGCCCCGAUUACUCUUCGGGAUCUCAAGGUCGGUCAGAUUGUGACCGGUAAGGUCCGCAAGGUCGAAGAAUUUGGUGCCUUCAUUGUCAUCGAUCGCUCUGCCAACGUUAGCGGUCUCUGCCACCGCAGCGAGAUGGCCGAGAAGCGCGUUGAGGAUGCACGCACCUUGUACGACGAGGGCGAUGCUGUCAAGGCCAAGAUUGUCAAGAUUGACUCUAAGGCUGGCAAGAUCUCGUUCUCAUUGAAGGCCUCGCACUUCAAGGACGAGGCGGACGAGGAGAGUGAGGACGAGGACAUGGAAGAUGAUGCUGGUGGUGUCGAGCUCGGCGAAGACGAGAGUGCUGAUGAGGACGACGAUGACGUCUCCAUGGGCGGCGUUGAAGUCGAGGCUGACAGCGAAGAGGAGGAAGAGGAUAGUGACGAUGACGAGUCCAUGAAUGGCGCUUCCAAGGACGGUGGUCUCGGCGCCAGCGGCUUCGACUGGAGCGGCAACGUUCAAGAUGAGGAAGCCGGUGCUGCCGACUCGGACAGCGACGAGGAUGAAGAUCAGAAGAAGAAAAAGAAGAAGAAGAGCAAGCCCGAGAUCCAGGUCGACCGCACCGGCGAUCUAGAUGCCCACGGCCCUCAGACUGUUGCUGAUUACGAGCGUCUGCUGCUGGGUGAGCCUGACUCUUCGCUGUUGUGGCUCCAGUACAUGGCCUUCCAGCUCGAGUUGGGUGAGGUGGAGAAGGCCCGGACUAUUGCCGAGCGUGCUCUCCGCACUAUCACCAUGGGCCAGGAUUCCGAGAAGCUGAACAUCUGGAUUGCUCUUCUGAACUUGGAGAACACCUACGGAAACGAUGAUAGCCUCGAGGAAGUGUUCAAGCGGGCUUGUCAGUACAAUGAGCCUCAGGAGAUGUACGAGCGGAUGAUCAGCAUCUACAUCCAGUCUGGCAAGACCGAGAAAGCGGAUGAGCUCUUCCAGACCGCCAUGAAGAAGAAGAUCUCUACCCAGUCGCCGAAGUUCUUCCUGAACUACGCCAGCUUCCUCUUCGAUACGAUGGCUGCUCCCGAUCGUGCUCGGGCCCUGCUGUCCCGUGCGCUGCAGUCGCUCCCGGCACACACUCACGUCGAGACGACCUCCAAGUUCGGCCAGCUCGAGUUCCGGUCUGCCAAUGGUGACAUCGAGCGUGGUCGCACCGUCUUCGAAGGCCUGCUGUCCUCGUUCCCUAAGCGCAUCGACCUGUGGAACGUGCUGAUCGAUCUGGAGAUGAAGGCCGGUGAUGCCGAGCAGGUUCGCCGCUUGUUCGAGCGGGUGCUUGGACUGCAGCACAAGAAGGGCUCCGUCACCGUGGACCCCAGCAAGAAGGUCAAGCCCAAGCAGGCCCGCUUCCUGUUCAAGAAGUGGCUGGCCUUUGAGGAGAAGCUAGCAGCGGCCGAGGGUGGAGAUGAGAAGAUGGUGGAGGAGACCAAGGCACGGGCGGCGGCCUAUGUCAAGUCUCUGCAGGAGGAGGAGGAGUAG